AUGCUCGAAGUACACAAAAUUGAAUCCCACAUAAAGCUUUUACUGGCUCACUUUGCUUUCCUUGCGCCGUUAGUGUGGCUCUUGUCCUUGAUAUCAGCACUCCUUGCCCCAGCCAAAAUCGCUCUGGAUCAACACAAAUCCCAAGCUGAGUCCGUCCACACCCCGUCGCUCUUUCCCUCCAUCAGCAACGUCUCCAUAGAGAGCGACGAGGAGGAAGAGGCCUCCAGAGCCCACCCGAUCCCGUGUAGCACAGGCAUCACCACCCGUCUUUUGCCCUUCAAGAACAGCAAGGGUGAGAUCGAGUGGGCCUUCACGGAGGACCUUCCUCCUGGACUGGAGCUCGAAGCGUUCCGUAUCCACCAUGAGCCUUCCACGGUUAAGAAAGAAGACAACAUCUUGUCCCCAGUGACCUCCUCCUCCUCCAGCAAUAACGAGUCCGUUGUUUACGACAAGCAGUCCGUGGCACAGGUGAACACUCCUCUGUCGACUGCGCUGGACGAUGACAAGACCUCUGGCAAAGAAGAUGAAGGUGCCGGCGAAUCCGCCGAUGACCAACUCCACCAGUGUCCGCACUGUAACACCCUGUUCAAGAUGCGUGGCUAUUUGACCCGUCAUAUGAAGAAGCACGCUUCCGAAAAGGCUUACAAAUGCCCCUUCCACAAAUCCUCCAUCUACAAAGACGACAACGAUGUGGUGCACAAGUGCCACCCCACCGGCGGCUUCUCUCGUCGUGAUACCUACAAGACGCAUUUGAAGUCUCGCCACUUCAAGUACCCGGAGAACACCCCUAUCAAGGCCCGGAACUCAUCCGCGGGUAACUGCUCCAUGUGCGGUGAGUGGUUUGAAAACGGUGAGGUCUGGUGUGAAAUCCACAUCGAAGGUGGCGAGUGCAAGUACCUCCCUCCAGGUUUCAAAGGCAAGUCUCGUAUAAAGAACAGACUCAAGAAGGAGCUUGCAAAAAUGAUGAGAGAACAGCGCCGUACGAAGCAAAGAAAAACAAAGCUCCCAGUGCAGAACACGCAGUCACCCAUCAUGGGCACUCCAAACUCCAUGACCACCCCGAUGCCACCAACAGCGUCGUCUUGUGAAUACAACGACUCACCCUCUUCUACACUGAGCCACUUGAUGCAACACCCAGGCCAGCACAAGCACGAACUGCCUGCCGUAGAGAUGGUUCCUCAAGGCAUCACACUCGGCGAUGUCCCAGCACUUUCUCCUGAUGAUUACGAUGAUGGCUUCUGUCUCGACACAGAACAGUUAAGCGUCCCUAUUCCUACACCUGAGAUGCUACUUCAGCAAAGUAUGGUGCCAUCAAUGCCCAUGAGUUCCCAGCUGAUGCCUCAGCAAUUCCCUCCACAAAUGUCUCAGCAAAUGCCUCAGCAAAUGCCUCAACAGGUGUUUGAGCAGCAGCAGCCACAGAAGUUCUACCAGCAACAAAUUCCAGCGCACAUCCGUACGCAGAUGCAAAUGCAGAUGCCGAUGGGCUUCCAUGGUGACGAGACGAUGAUUAGAGAGAAGGGAUACUAA